AUGGCGUGGAUUUCAGCGUUAUGGCAUUUAUCAAAGAUAAAUACCGGAGUCAACUGGGCCCUGAUGUACUUGAUGGGCAACUUCGUAUUCGUCAAAUUGGUCCGAAAUAUGCCAUUCAACUUGAUGCUAACAAUAUUGCUGCUGAAUGGGUCAAAGAGAACGAAAUUGUUGAUACACAGAAACCAGCAAAAAUACCUCGAUUAGAUGCAGAACCUAGACCGGAUCUAAUGGAAUAAUAUUACUACUCUAUCAUUACUUAUAAUAUAAUAAUCAAGUUAUUUAGUUUAUAUUUAUAUAAUAUAAUGUGGC